CUCCAAAUGCGACGUCGUUGUCACUUCCACUUCCCCUCAUUUACACACCCAAAAAGAAAAGGCCAAAUUAAAUAUUUUAAAUUCAAAGCAAGAUAAUUUGUGUUGUUGAUAGCGAAUGCGAACCUUAUUCACGCCGAGACCAUGACUACUCAAAAUGCUGACGCUCCCCAGGUAGAAGUGGGUAGUCAGCCGCCUGCACCACCUGCGGCGAAUGACCAAGCACAGUUGCAUUCUGGGAAUAAGGUUUACAAGAGUGGCCCUCUAUUUUUAUCAUCAAAAGGAAUUGGUUGGACAUCAUGGAAGAAGAGGUGGUUCACUCUAACAGAAAACUCGCUGGUCUUUUAUAGAAGUGAUCCAAAUGCUGCUCCGCAAAAGGGAGGCGAAGUGAAUUUAACCCUUGGAGGUAUUGAUCUCAACAAUUCAGGCAGCGUGGUUGUCAAAGAAGAUAAAAAGCUGUUGACUGUGCUCUUUCCUGAUGGCCGUGAUGGACGAUCUGUCACACUUAAGGCUGAAACACUAGAGGAUUUGCUUGAGUGGAAAGCAGCACUUGAGGAGGCUUUGGCAAGUGCACCAAAUGCUGAUCCUGUAACUACCCAAAAUGGAGUAUCUAGGAAUGAUCAGGGCAAUGCAGUUGACCAUUCAUCAGAGCAGUGUAAGCUUCUCAUUGAUAUGGUUAUAAAUGAUGUGAACCUUUGACGUAUAUCUGUCAGUUAUAAGAACAAAUUGUGGGGAAAAUCUGCCUAUU